CGCGAUUUUGCCCCGCCACAAUCCCACCCCAGGUUUUGAACGCAGCAACGACAGCGGCGGCGGGAACGGGAAUGCGGGAGUGAUAGCACUGCAGUGAACGACAAGGCUGACCGAGAUAUUUAAUUUGAAAGAGGGUUCGGCCCGCCGCGUUUCACAUGACGAUGGCGACAACGACGGUGACGACGACGAUCCGCAAGAAAGACGCAAACCUCCCACCCGAAAACGAGCGCUUCCUGCGAUGCUGCGCCGAUAUAGCCAGCGCCUUGAUCGAGGAUCAUGAGGCCUCCAAGGACCCAAGCCGUCCUAGAAAGGACAUCAACCUCAACACGCUGCGAUCCAAAUUUGCAAAGAAGCACAAGAUCAAUAAUGUGCCGCCGCUCACUGCCAUCAUCGCUGCGGUGCCCGAACACUACAAGAAAUACAUCCUACCAAGACUGAUUGCCAAACCAAUUCGUACGUCAUCCGGUAUCGCUGUGGUCGCGGUCAUGUGUAAACCGCACCGAUGCCCUCACAUUGCCUACACGGGUAACAUCUGCGUCUACUGCCCCGGCGGGCCGGAUUCGGACUUUGAGUACAGCACACAGUCGUACACGGGCUAUGAGCCGACGUCCAUGCGGGCCAUCCGGGCCCGGUACGACCCAUUUGAACAGGCUCGCGGGCGAGUCGACCAACUCAAGGCUUUGGGACACUCAGUGGACAAGGUGGAAUAUAUCAUCAUGGGCGGGACCUUCAUGUCCCUUCCAGAAUCGUACAGGGAUGAGUUUAUCUCCCAACUCCACAACGCCCUGAGCGGAUACGGGACGUUGAACGUGGAUGAGGCCGUCCGGGCUGGCGAGCAAAGCAGCAUCAAGUGCGUGGGCAUCACCAUUGAAACCAGGCCAGAUUACUGCCUGCAGCCACACCUAUCCAGCAUGCUCCGCUACGGUUGCACUCGCCUCGAGAUCGGCGUCCAGUCCCUCUACGAAGACGUCGCGCGUGACACGAACCGGGGCCACACAGUGGCAGCCGUCGCGGAAACUUUCUGCCUUGCCAAGGACGCCGGGUUCAAGGUGGUCAGUCACAUGAUGCCUGACUUGCCCAAUGUCGGCAUGGAGCGCGACCUGUACCAGUUCAGGGAGUAUUUCGAGAACCCCGCCUUCCGGACGGACGGCCUCAAGAUCUACCCGACGCUCGUUAUCCGCGGCACGGGGCUAUACGAGCUCUGGCGCACGGGCCGGUACCAGAACUAUACGCCCAACGGGCUGAUCGACCUGGUGGCGCGUAUCCUCGCGCUGGUCCCGCCAUGGACGCGCAUCUACCGCGUACAGCGCGACAUCCCCAUGCCGCUGGUGACGUCGGGCGUCGAGAACGGCAACCUGCGCGAGCUGGCGCUGGCGCGCAUGAAGGACUUUGGCACCACCUGCCGCGACGUGCGCACGCGCGAGGUCGGCGUCAACGAGGUCAAGCACAAGAUUCGGCCAAACCAGAUCGAGCUCGUGCGCCGCGACUACACCGCCAACGGCGGCUGGGAGACCUUCUUGGCCUACGAGGACCCCAAGCAGGACAUCCUGAUCGCGCUCCUGCGGCUGCGCAAGUGCAGCGAGAAGUACACGUUCCGCGAGGAGCUGGUCGGCCAGCCGACGAGCUUGGUGCGCGAGCUGCACGUGUACGGCAUGGCGGUGCCGGUGCAUGCGCGCGACCCGCGCAAGUUCCAGCACCAGGGCUUUGGGACGCUGUUGAUGGAGGAGGCAGAGCGGAUUGCGCGGGAGGAGCACGGGAGCGAGAAGAUCAGCGUCAUUUCCGGCGUGGGUGUGAGGAGCUACUAUGCCAAACUGGGGUAUUGGCUGGAUGGGCCGUAUAUGAGCAAGUGGCUGGACGGGAGGCCGGGACCGGGGGAGUAAAGGCGGAUGAAAACGGCACGGAGGCGGAAUGUCGGGUCGUGAGUGGGUUUUCUAGAUGGUGUUCCAAAUGGAUCUCUGGGCGUUGGGUGACACCAGCAUUGAAAUACAUGGAAGGCGUUGAUGGUGAUAUCCGGUGCAAAGGGGUUGGCAAAAUAAAAGUAUCAACGUAUUGAACUGGUAUCUACUUGUCCCGAAUCUACCAGUGAUUUCUUUUGAGCGACCCGUGGGAUCCGGAGAGUGACGCCUUUCUGGAGGCUGUUGUAAGCCCCUGGCUCGAGUGCUCUGCUCUCCUUCGGGCCACG